AUGGGAGGCUCAUUAUCACGCCUAUGGUCUUUGAUCUGGACCAAAAAGGAAAUCCGAAUCCUCAUCCUCGGACUUGACAACGCCGGAAAAACCACACUCCUUUACAGACUAAAGAUUGGCGAGGUUGUAACAACGAUACCCACAAUUGGAUUCAACGUCGAGUCGGUGACAUAUAAGAAUUUAAACUUCAACGUCUGGGAUCUAGGAGGCCAAACAUCUAUUCGUCCGUACUGGCGGUGCUAUUAUGCGAACACGGCAGCAGUCAUCUUCGUCAUUGACUCCACGGAUAUUGAGCGGUUGAGUACGGCUGCAGAUGAACUAUCAGCGAUGCUGAAUGAGGAGGAGCUUCGCGAUGCGGCCCUCUUGGUAUUCGCCAACAAACAGGAUCAGCCUGGAGCCAAGGGCGCAGGUGAAAUCUCGGAAGCUCUUAAGCUGGGAGAGCUCCGAGACCGGAACUGGAGCAUUGUCGCCUGCUCUGCUAUAGAUGGGAAAGGUAUCACUGAGGGUAUGGACUGGUUGGCGCAAACCAUUCAGUCGGAAAAUGCAUAA